AUGUCAAUGUCGCUUGUUGACUAUGCUUCCAGCGAUGACGAAGGGGCAGGCUCUUCUACAUCCGCCGGUAUUCCUCAAUUUACCUCUGCCACGAGAGUUGUAGCCGCUCCUGAUGUCUCUUUAGAGGACCCUAUGCAGCUUCGCCAAUCCCUUAUAAAGCAGACUGAUAAACAAAUUACGACGAACAUGACUUAUGAACAGCUUUCUGCGCCCAUCGUUGGGCCAUCGAACCCAUUCAUGUCCGCCGAUAGCGCCUCUAGGAAACGAAAGAACGUACUCACAGGCUACGCAGAGGAGUCUGCGAUCUCUGAAUCAACUUUCCGGACACAACAGCGGACCUUUAUUUCUUUAGGAUAUGCACAGGAUCCUUCAUUAUCGGCAAACGGUAACACCUUUGUUGGUAAUCAGGAUAGUGUCGUGCUGCACGGCGGGAAGGAUGUGGUUCAACUCAGGCCUUCAAGAGAGGAGACAAACGCGAUAAAGAAGAAACGAACAGGAAAGGGGGACCCUUCAGUUAUUGAUGGAGAGAACGCAUAUGUGGGACCAUGGGCAAAAUAUAAUAUGCCGCCAACAACACUUUCAGAAUCAGAGGGGGAGGAGGAGGAGGAAGGAGAGGAAGAAUACGUGGCGCCAGCAUCGAAUCCAAUUAUUGAUAAGGCUGGAAAGGAAUAUUUGGACGUGAAUACUGGUGGAGUAGGAAAGGAGACUACAGAGUUCCAUGGCUCACAACAGUACGAUUAUCAAGGAAGGACUUAUAUGCAUGUACCGCAGGAUCUGGAUGUGGAUCUAGGGAAGGAGCCUGGAAGCUGGACAAAUUACAUACCUAAGAAAUUGGUGCAUACUUGGGUAGGGCACACAAAGCCUAUCACAGCCCUCAGGUUCUUUCCAGGCGCAGGUCACCUCUUGCUAUCUAGUAGUAGUGACGCAAAGGUCAAGAUUUGGGAUGUUUAUCAUGAUCGUGAGUUACUUCGUACCUAUAAUGGUCACUCAAAGGCGGUCACAGACAUAACUUUCAACAACGAUGGUACUCAAUUCCUCACUGCAUCCUAUGAUCGCUACAUGAAGCUCUGGGAUACCGAAACCGGGAAAUGUAUCCAUCGAUACACUACCGGCAAGAUUCCACAUGUUAUCCGAUUUAACCCGGAGCCUAGCCUGCACCAUGAGUUCCUGGCAGGUAUGAGCGACAAAAAGAUCAUUCAAUUUGAUACACGCACAGAAGAGGUUGCCCAAGAAUACGAUCACCAUCUCGGGCCUGUCAACACCAUUACCUUUGUUGACGAGAAUCGCCGUUUCAUCACCACAUCUGACGAUAAAUCCCUUCGUGCUUGGGAAUAUGGCAUUCCGGUACCCAUCAAGUUCAUUGCAGAGCCAUAUAUGUACUCGAUGGUUCGUGCAUCGUUACAUCCUACCGGAAAAUACGUUGCCUAUCAGUCCGGCGACAACCAAGUUGUUGUUUAUGCUGCAACAGAUAAAUUCCGUCAAAACCGAAAGAAGGUAUUCCGUGGUCACAACAACGCCGGUUAUGCCAUCGACGUAGACAUUUCUCCUGACGGCCAGUUCCUGAUGAGUGGUGAUUCUGGUGGGUUUCUGUGCUUCUGGGAUUGGAAGACUUGUAAAAUGUACCAUAAAUUUCAGGCUAGUGAUGGACCAGUCGUGGCAGCACAGUGGCAUCCACAAGAGACCAGUAAGGUGGCAAGUGCGGGGCUGGACAAUGUUAUCAAGUAUUGGGACUAA